UGAAGACUUAAGCAAAAACUGUGUUUACAAAUACGAAAACCUAUAAGAAGAGAAAAAAAGGUUGGAUAAUUGCCUUGCAUGAUAUAAGAAAUUGAUAACGUAACACCAUAUAUUUACAUUACAAAUAUAACUGAUAUUAGCAAGACUACACCAAAAAACAUUACCAAAGGAAAAUGUGUUCUAAACUAAUAGUAAGAAUUAUUCAGUUUAUUUUUGUUUUGCUGACAUUUGUGACAGUCAAUGGUGUUACGAAAAACCAUACAGAGGCCUUUUGUAAAGUAUCCUUUGAAGACGAGAAAGAUGGUCAAAGUCGAGUCAAUACAUCUGCGAAACUUCUUCACAUUACACUGGACUUUCAAAACACGACGAACAUGUUAGUUCUACACGACACCAUCACUUUGUACAAUCCACACGAAUGGAUCAUAACAUCGGGAACAUAUGGAAGUGGAUUGUUACAGUUAAGAUCUAUCUAUGAAAUCCUUUCAUUAAAAUCUUUAAGUGUGCACACUAAACGGAACAACAUCAGAUUAACACAAUUUCCACACGACUGCUUGAAAGGAAUGAACGCUUCAGAAUUCGAAUUAAUUAUUCGGAUGUUCUUGCUUCAGCAUAUCGGUACAAAUGAAGAAGUUUGCAAUGUCCAUAUCCGGAACGACUCUGGUUUUGCGGAAUUUGAUCAUGAAUGCUGUUCUUUAGGUGCGGACACGGUUGAGUGUUAUGUCGUUAGGAAGAAUUUACCGAUGAGAAUGAUUGACAUUUGCUCUUAUAUAGUUGUAGUUCUCGUUAUACUGUAUUGUCCCCUUCUGAUACCGUCUUCUUUAUACAAAAGAAAGCUAGAAUUCGUCCAUCGUCUAGCUGAACCAUUACAAAUUAGGUGUAAAAAGACGGGAACUGACCUUUCAUGGAAACAGAAUGGCUUAAGGCGUCUAGUUUACCUGGCAAGAUUCGUUAAAAAUAAACCAGAGGAAGACGAAGAUAAGAUUGUAUCAGAAUAUACCUUCGGGAAAUAUUUUCAAAGUACUUUGGAAAAAAUGUCUCGUAAUGGGUUUUACGAAAUAGUCAUAAGUCAAUUACAUUUCAAGGUUAAACACAGAGAAAUAAUUUCUGAAAGUAAAAUUGAAACUGGGUUAUUACACAUUUGUUAUAAUUUGUUCAUCAAAUGUGGACGAAGAAAGAAAUAUGAUAGAAAUAUUUGGAUUAGGAAAAACCCAUAUAACUGUUGCUAUCGAAAUGUACUCGGCUGUUGUAAGCCGUUCGGAAAGGAAUAUCCUUGGUACAAAUGCUUACGCGUAUUUAUGCAUAUCAUUCUCGCGGCAGUUGUUUGCUCCCCUUGGGUGUUCCGAAUAUGUGUCUAUUACCUCUACGAAUAUUCACUUAGAAAUGAACGUCUUGCAGCAGCAGAAAAGAGGAAUUUAAAGUUAAGAUUACACGAGAACUUGAUGUUCUAUCUUACACCUAUUCACGUACUAUUUAUAGCUUGCUACAUCAUUCUAGCAUUGGAAUGGAUUUCCUUCAGGUUUAUGAGUAAAAAUGUCAAAUAUUUGACAAAGGAGAUGUUGCAAAUUUGCUUUCAUGGUAUGAACGAUUCAGCAAAAAUGAAAAAGGUUUUCUUUUGGGCAAUCAAUACGCUUAGUAUUCCAAUAAAGAGCGGUGGUAUUUUCGGAUUUUUUCUAGGCGUGAUAUUUUGGCCAAUAACAUUGCCAUACGUUGUUAUUGUCGUUUGCUAUCACAUAUUCCCCACAAUCAGACUUUGUGUUUCGUUGUUUUGGAUCAUCGUUUUCGACACCAUUCCGGAUUUUCGAUCUUGCAGCGUCAGCAUAAAACAACACAGGUUCCCACUUUUAACGUUCUUUACAGAUCCAAUUCAGAACACAUUUGACAUAGGAUAUAUUGAAUAUCGUAAAAGUCGCGGGAAAAUCAUAAGAUUCGUACAAAUUCUGUUCUCCAUUUUAGCAGUUUGUUCCAUUGGCUUAAUAACGGUAGAGUGUGUAGUUUUCCUAAUCGAUGUUGCGGUAUAUACAAUGAUAGGUCUUAUUUUAAACUCAUCCCAUGCAAUUCAAUUAGUUUCUGCAUUUUCUAUCGCCUGGUUUUACUUCCAAAAAUGCUUUGAAGGGAAUAGUGGUAUAUAUUUGAAAUAUACGAAGGUAAUUUUGCGCAUAUUACAAAACGAAAACAAAGAUGAACUACAACUUGUUGCUGAUCUUGAUUCUACCCACCAAACUAAUACCGCCUUCCUGGUAAAACACGCCAAAUGCAAUGCGGAGUUUUUCGUCAAUAAUAAUGGAAAGCCCAUGUUGACAACGAAAGGCGUAGUAUUGCUUCUGGAUAAGUAUGACAAUCUAUAUAUAGAACGAGCUUUUUUCCGGAAAGCUUGUCAGAUUGAUCACCCAUCGUGUCCGGGUCCUGUUCAUGAACAGAUAAUGAAAUCAUUCCGACGUUUUAUGUCCAUAGUUAUGUUCCUUAUCUUUGUGACGCUUAUAGUGCUGGCAUUUGGUGAAACGUACAGCAUUUCCAUUUCAAAUCAGCUCCUAGCGACCAUUGCCGGUGGUUUCGUACCCUGGAUCCUGAUGAAAUCUGAUAUUUUAUUCAAGAAUCCAGUUGAACCGGAUUUUGAUCAAUUAUCCGAAAACAUUUGUUUUCAAUCUAGACUCAAAGAAAAGAUAAACAACGAUGAAGAAACAUGGCGGAUUUGUGAUAUGGAAGUAGACAGUGUAAGAGAAAUACAAGCAACAGAAAAAAUCGACUUAAUCGUUAAAAUACCACAGUCUGGUAUGCGAACUGCAAUUUAGAAAAUUAACUUAAGAAUUCUCUUUUGCUACUUACAAAUGCUAUUUACCACAUUUGAAGAUUAUCCACAUUGUUUUCUAAUUCAAAUAGUUACAUGACUUGCAGACAAACAUUAUACUUAAUAUAUGUUCUUAAAAAUAAAAACAAAAUGGUUUAAUUUCAUUUAAAAUAUAUUGUUUUUCUCUUAAAACAAUGUAUAAACUUCCCAAUCAAAUGUAAAUGGCAUAUGGUGUAAAAGAGGAUACUGUUUGUUACAAUUGAGAGUGAUAAACUAGCGCCUAGAGAUUAAAAACGUUGUAUGUUUUAUAUAUAUAUAUAUAUUUCUUUAUAAAUUUGUAAUCGCACAUUUUAACGGGAAAUGAAUAGUAUUAUGGAAAAUCACGAACGAUGCAAUAUCGUGUUUGAUUUAAAUGGGAAUGACUACAGUGGGACGUUUAAAGGGACUAAGGUAUGUAGUUAUUAUUGACCACCAACUUAAAAUUUUUAAGUGACAUGUACAUUUGUUUAGCAUACAGCAGAUUGCAGACAUUGCAAUUUUGAAUAAUGUCACGACGUUAAAAGGUAACAAAUCAUAGAUUGAUUGAUCGUUACAUGCUUGCUUAACGUAGAGUGAAACUCAGUUCAUACAUAUUCGGGUCGAGAACAAAUAGAAGAGGGACGAAAGAUACCAGAGGGACAGUCAAACUCACAGAUCGAAAACAAACUGACAACGCCAUGACCAAAAAUAAAAUGACAAACAGACAAAUAAUAGUACAGAUGACACAACAUAGAAAACUAAAGACUAAGCAACACGAACCCCACCAAAAACUGGGGGUGAUCUCAGGUGCUCCGGAAAGGUAAGCAGAUCCUGCUUCACAUGUGGCACCCGUCGUUUUGCUUAUGUUAUUACAAAUUAGGUAAAUAGUCUAAUUCGGUAGGUCACAUUCGUGAAAAGGGAAGGGUAUUGUAGUUACGACAUAAGGAACAUAUCCGAUAUCAUCUGUAAAACGGUUAUUCCAUAGCGGUCAACCAACUCGUGAUGGCGCCCGUAAAAUUUACGAAGGGAUGAUUUCAACUUCACCAUUUGGAACUCUUGGUUUAAUAGCUUCCUUGUGAGCAGCAAUCCUCUAUCAAGGAAAUCAUGAUAGGAAAUACAAGCCCGGGAAUAUCGUAUCAAUUGGGAGAUAUAUACUCCGUAUGCAGGCGCUGCUGGAAUGUUGCUACAUAGAAAUGGAAAGUUCACAAUUGGGAAGCUGAAAUCAUCUCUUUUGUCGUAAAGUUUUGUUUUCAACCGACCCUCAUUGUCAAUUUCUAGAUGUAAGUCAAGAUAUGAGGCAGACUUAACUGUAUCUGUAGUGUCCUUUAUCUCAAGUUCGAUGGGAUAGAUUCGUUUAACAUAGUCACCAAAUUUUGUAUUAUUUAGUGAGAGAACAUCAUCUAUAUAGCGGAACGUAAAGUUAAAGGAAUAGAGUUAGGUGCUGCAAGGUUAGACAACCGGGAUGAAGAACGGGCAUAUUAACAGGCAGGCCGCAUACGGCCUAUUCAGAGAGUUGUUGCAAACGUUCUUUAACGUGUCGAGAUCUUGGCACUCACCCUAACCGAGGCAAUAUUACAUCCAUAAAAGUAAAUCGUAAUUGCUGUGUGUUGUUCAACAUAUAUUUGUGGUUUUUUUUUAAAUUCAUAUGCUGUUAUUAUUUAUCUAUGUAUCUGGUAAACAUACAAUAAAUUUUAUAUUAAAAUCACUUUGUUAUUUCA